GACCAGAUUUGUGCAAUCAGACAAUUCCCCCAGUUGAAGGAGAAACCAUUUGGAUCUCUCUAUAAAGUCAUCUUGAAAGCCAUGAAUGAAUACAAUACACAACAUUGAUACAUACACACAUAACAGCUGGUUUACUACUCUUCAAGGAUGGGAGAGAUACUUGAUACAGAUGAGAUGGAGACCAUGAGAGUGGAACUAGAAGAGAUUGGAAGAAGCAUCAGAUCCUCAUUUCGUCUUCACACGUCGAGCUUCCGUGCACAAGAAUCUGCAAGCAAUGAAGAUUGUGAAAAUGAGAAUGAAUCGUAUGCUCAAGAAUGGGCUGCAAUCGAGAGACUCCCUACUUAUAAACGAUUGAAAUCAUCUUUAUUCAACGUAGAGAGCGGUGGCAACGACGAUGGUCAAGGGAAACGAGUCAUCGACGUUACCAAGCUAGGCGCUGGCGAGCGACAUUUGUUCGUUGAGAAACUUAUCAAGCACAUUGAGCAUGACAAUCUUGAACUGCUGCGCAAGAUCCGGAGAAGAAUCGAUAAAGUUGGUGUGAAGCUGCCUACUGUGGAGGUUAGAUAUAAGAACCUGUGUGUGGAAGCAGUGUGUGAGGUUGUUCAUGGAAAGCCACUUCCUACACUAUGGAAUUCUGCUAAAAGCACACUUUCUGUUCUUGGGAGGUUAUGGGGUUCAAGUUCACGUGAAGCCAAGAUAAGCAUCAUCAAUGAUGUCAGUGGUAUCAUAAAGCCAGGAAGGAUGACUCUGCUGCUUGGCCCCCCUGGAUCUGGGAAGACAACCCUUUUAAAGACGCUCUCUGGGAAUCUAAACCAGUCUCUCAAGGUAACAGGAGAAAUUGCUUACAAUGGAUUCAAACUAAAAGAGAUUGUCCCCCAGAAAACAUCUGCAUAUAUAAGUCAACAUGACCUGCACAUUCCUGACAUGACUGUUAGGGAAACAAUUGAUUUUUCGGCACGUUGUCAAGGUGUUGGAAGCCGAGCAGACAUAAUGUUGGAGGUCAGUAGGAGAGAGAAAGAAGCCGGAAUUGUUCCAGAUCCGGACACAGAUACUUACAUGAAGGCAAUUUCUGUUGAAGGAUUGGAAAGAACCCUUCAAACGGACUACAUCUUGAAAAUCCUUGGGCUUGAUAUUUGUGCAGACAUCAUGGUGGGCAGUGCCAUCAAACGAGGGAUAUCUGGUGGUCAGAAGAAAAGAUUGACUACAGCGGAAAUGCUUGUGGGUCCCAUAAGUAAUUUGUUUAUGGAUGAAAUAACAAAUGGCUUAGACAGUUCUACUGCAUUUCAAAUUGUUUCUUGCCUUCGACAGCUGGUGCAUAUAUCAAAUGCUACUGUACUUGUUUCGCUUCUUCAACCAGCACCGGAAACCUUUGAUCUAUUUGAUGAUGUUAUUUUGAUGGCACAAGGGAAGGUUGUGUAUCAUGGACCGCGUGAACAUAUUUGCAAUUUUUUUGAGGAAUGUGGUUUUAAAUGUCCUGAGAGGAAAGGAGUAGCUGAUUUUCUUCAGGAGGUCAUCUCAAAGAAGGACCAAAAACAGUACUGGUUUCAUAAACAAGUCCCUUACAGUUAUUUUACAGUUGAUAUGUUUUCUAGAAAGUUCAAGGAAUCUCCCACAGCAAAAAAUUUAGAUGAGGAGCUUUCCGAGCCAUAUGACAAAUCAAGAAGUCAUAACACUGCUCUUUCGUUUAAUGUGUACUCUCUUUCUAAUUGGGAGCUCUUUCAAGCUUGCAUGUCGAGGGAAUUUCUUCUCAUGAGGAGGAACUCUUUUAUCUAUGUUUUCAAAACAAGUCAGCUUACAGUUGUUGCAUUUGUCAUGAUGACUGUAUUUUUGCGGACUCGACAGGAUAUUGAUAUUUUUCGUGCAAACUAUUACAUGGGUGCCCUGUUUUAUGCACUUGUCAUUCUUCUCGUUGAUGGAGUUCCUGAAUUGUCAAUGACUGUUACAAGACUUGCAGUGUUCUAUAAACAGAGAGAGAUGUGUUUUUAUCCUGCGUGGAUUUAUGCGACUGUGUCUAGUAUUUUGAAGAUUCCUCUAUCGUUUGUGGAAUCUUUGGUGUGGACAUCUCUUACUUAUUAUGUCAUAGGAUACAGCCCUGAGAUUUCAAGGUUCUUUCGCCAGUUUAUUCUACUUUUUGCUGUGCACAUGGCGUCAUUAUCCACAUUCCGUUUCUUGGCCUCAGCAUUCCAAACUGCUGUUGCUUCUUUGAUUGCUGGUAGCUAUGCAGUGUUUUUGUUCUUAUUGUUUAGUGGAUUCAUUAUUACAAAAUCCUCCAUGCCUGUUUGGUUAAAAUGGGGCUUUUGGGUUUCUCCUCUGUCAUACGGAGAAAUAGGACUUUCUUUAAACGAAUUCCUUUCUCCACGAUGGCAGAAGCUUUCAAACACAAAUACAAGUAUAGGGCAAGAAUUACUGAAGAGCCGUGGAUUAGAUUUCAAUGGACAUUAUUACUGGAUAUCCCUCGGUGCCUUGUUUGGAUUUUCUUUACUCUUCAACAUUGGCUAUGCCUUGGCCUUAAGUUUCUUGAAGCCUCCUGGGUCAUCUCGUGCUAUUAUUUCCCAUGACAAGCUUUCCCAGACACAUGGAGGUGAGCAGUCCCAUUACGGGCCACAUGUGGAGGAGAAGUCUAGGAGAUCUACUUCUGGUUCCAAUAAAGCAUCUGACGAAGGCAGGAUGGUCCUACCUUUUCAACCUUUAACAUUAACAUUUCAAGAUGUGCAUUACCAUGUAGACACCCCUUUGGAAAUGAGAGAACGGGGAUUCACUUCAAAGAAACUCCAACUUCUUUCUGGUAUAACAGGUGCAUUACGGCCUGGUGUUCUCACAGCAUUAAUGGGGGUCAGUGGAGCUGGAAAAACAACCCUUUUAGAUGUUCUUGCAGGAAGAAAAACCUAUGGCUAUAUCGAAGGAGAAAUUAACAUUGGUGGAUACCCGAAGGUUCAAGAAACCUUUGCUAGGAUUUCAGGAUACUGCGAGCAAACUGACGUACACUCUCCACAAAUCACUGUAGAAGAAUCAGUGUUGUUUUCUGCUUGGCUGCGUCUAGCUCCUCAAAUUGCCUUGAAAACUAAAGUUGAAUUUGUGAAUGAAGUCCUUGAGACCAUUGAGCUUGAGGGAAUCAAGGAUGCCUUAGUUGGCAUACCUGGUGUUAAUGGCCUGUCAACUGAACAACGCAAGCGCCUUACUAUAGCUGUGGAGCUGGUCGCUAAUCCUUCCAUUAUAUUCAUGGAUGAACCCACAACUGGUCUGGAUGCAAGAGCAGCAGCAAUCGUCAUGCGAGCAGUAAAGAAUGUAGUUGAUACAGGAAGGACAGUUGUUUGCACCAUCCACCAACCAAGUAUUGACAUAUUUGAAACAUUUAAUGAGCUGAUUCUUCUUAAACGUGGCGGUCAUGUUAUCUACUUCGGUCCACUGGGACAUCAUUCAAGUAGAGUGAUAGAAUAUUUUGAGGGUAUCUCUGGGGUGCCAAAGAUUAGUAGCAACUAUAAUCCAGCGACAUGGAUGUUAGAGGUCACUUCGGCAUCUUCAGAAGCUGAACUCUGCGUAGAUUUCACCAAAAUAUACAGGGACUCUGCUUUAUACCAGAACAAUAUGGAGCUCAUACAGGAGUUGAGUAAACCACCUCAUGGUUCAAAUGAUCUGCAAUUUCCAACUCAGUUUCCACAAAAUGGGUGGGGGCAAUUCAAAUCCUGCCUAUGGAAACAACACUUGUCGUACUGGAGAAGUCCUUCGUACAACUUAGUUCGCAUUGUGUACACUCUUGCAUCAUCAUUGCUAUUUGGUUUGCUGUACUGGGGAAAGGGGAAGAAGAUCUCUAACCAGCAAAACUUGUUUAACAUAACGGGUUCAAUGUAUGCUUCCGUUCUCUUCUUGGGCAUAAAUAACUGCGCUUCAGUCUUACCAUAUGUUGCAACAGAGCGAAAUGUUAUGUAUCGGGAAAGAUUCGCAGGAAUGUACUCUGUGUGGACUUAUUCACUUGCACAGGUGAUGAUUGAGAUUCCCUAUUCAUUUGUACAAGCUGUGUCAUUUGUCCUUAUAACGUAUCCAAUGAUCGGGUAUUACGUAUCAGCAUAUAAGAUUUUCUGGUACUUCUACGGCAUAUUCUGCGCCUUGCUGUACUACAACUAUCUAGGAAUGCUGCUUGUGGCAUUCACGCCAAACUACGUGGUAGCAACAACUAUAUCCUCACUCUUCUACACCUUGCUCAAUCUUUUCACAGGGUUUCUUAUUCCGCAACCUCGAAUCCCCAACUGGUGGAUCUGGGUUUAUUAUCUGUCGCCUACAUCGUGGACACUGAAUGGUAUGCUCAGCUCACAGUAUGGAGACAUAGACAAAGAAAUUACAGUCUAUGGGGAAACCAAAAUACUGUCUGCCUUCUUAAAAGACUAUUAUGGGUUUCACCACGAUCGCUUAGCUAUUACUGGAGUUGUGCUUACUGCAUUUCCAUUAUUGUAUGCUGCUCUUUUUUCAUUUUUUAUUGGAAGGUUGAACUUUCAGAGGAGAUAAAAUCUCCUUCACUCUCUAUAUGUAUAUGUACAUGACAUGCA